CUUCCGGGAGCCGCGUUACCGGCGCCUCGAAGGGGCCGGGUGGCCGAGGCCGGUCAUGGCGGCGGUGCCGCCGCCUUCCGCUCCGGGUGGCCCGGAGCCGCCUCCCCCGCCGCUGCAGUACAGCCUGCUGCUGCAGCAUCUGGUGGGCGAGCAGCGGCGGCCCCGCGCCUGGGACCCCGCCGCUCUCGGCGGCAUCCCCAGCCCGCCUAAAAGCGAGGAACAGAAGAUGGUGGAGCGGGCCAUGGAGAGCUGCGCCUUCAAAGCGGCGCUGGCCUGCGUGGGAGGAUUUGUUCUAGGAGGUGCGUUUGGUGUCUUCACAGCUGGCAUUGACACCAACGUUGGGUUUGAUCCCAAGGAUCCAUAUCGCACACCAACUGCAAAAGAGGUCCUCAAGGAUAUGGGGCAGCGAGGCAUAUCCUACGCGAAGAACUUUGCCAUUGUGGGUGCUAUGUUCUCCUGCACUGAAUGUGUGGUAGAAUCUUAUCGUGGAAAGUCAGACUGGAAGAAUAGUGUUAUUAGCGGCUGCAUCACCGGAGGAGCAAUCGGCUUCAGAGCUGGUUUGAAGGCAGGGGUUAUCGGCUGUGGUGGAUUUGCUGCUUUCUCCGCUGCAAUUGAUUACUAUCUACGGUAACAGCGGGAUCCCUUGGGAGCAAGUUUCCCUUUAGUUCCAGUGCUGCUGCUAAGAGCCUGCAUCACGUCAGAAGAACCAUCAGGGUUACCUUUCCACUGCCUUUGGAGUCCUGACCAGUGCAAGCUGGAUGGUGUUGGCCGCUUUUCCUGAAUGACUAACAAUAAUCUGGCUCUGAGCCCUGGCGUGCUGCUUCAGGCAGACUUGUGGGAGUACGCGAGGAUGGAGCCAGGCACAGUGAGCAGUAUCUCCAAGAUGGAUCAGCUGACUGUCAGUUUCCAGGAAACAAGCCUGGACUCUGAGCUUUUUCGAUCCUUUGGGUCUGAUUUUGAUUAAGGCUGUUGCUAGCAUCAAAAGAGACAGGAGGACAAUCUUCAAAAAGAAAUGCAGUGAUUUAGGUUACUGUGUAUUUGAAUGUGCCUCAAGUGUUUAACAGUUAUCAGUUUGCAGCUUGCUACUCUGUUGGGGAGAGGUAAGAUCCUGUGGAGAAAUAAGUUUGUUCCAGGCUUUUCUUAAAAUACCAGCUGAAGACAAA